CGGACCUUCCUGGCGGCUGAGGCUCUGUGGACAGACACCUUCCCUUCUCCGCGGCUGGAGUUCCCGGCGUCACUGAGCAUCUGCGCGCGGAUUUCCACAGCCCCGGUUCCGGUCCGCGAGCGCCUGGUAGCCGCGCACCACCUUCGCCCAGCGCCAUGGCCGCGGCCGGUGGGCCCGGAGCGGACAGACGCUGCCCUCUUCUCGGCCUCCUUUUGCUUCUGAUCGCAGGCCCUGCCCUGGGCUGGAACGACCCUAAUAGAAUAUUGUUGCGGGAUAUACAAGCUCUUACCCUCCACUAUGAUCGCUAUACCACCUCCCGUAGGCUGAAUCCAAUUCCACAGCUGAGAUGUGUUGGAGGCACAGCUGGAUGUGAUACUUAUACUCCAAAAGUUAUACAGUGCCAGAACAAAGGCUGGGAUGGUUACGAUGUACAGUGGGAAUGUAAGACUGAUUUAGAUGUUGCAUACAAAUUUGGAAAAACUGUGGUGAGCUGUGAAGGCUAUGAAUCCUCUGAAGACCAGUAUGUACUAAGAGGCUCCUGUGGCUUGGAGUAUGACUUAGAUUACACGGAACUUGGCCUGAAGAAAUUGAGAGAGUCUGGCAAAAACAAUGGCUUUAACCCGUUCUCUGAUUAUUAUAAAAGUAAUUCCAGUGGCAUCAGUGGACUGAUUACCAUCGUGGUGCUACUUGCUAUUGCCUUUGGAGUUUAUAAGUUGUUCCUUGGUGGUGGUCAAGAUUCUCCUCCACCGUAUUCUGAGUCUCCUCCGUAUUCUUCCGGUUUUCAGGGAUUCACCAACUCAGCAGGACCCCCUCCCCCGGGCUUUAAGCCAGGGUUCACAGGAACGCCUGGUGCAACUUACGGUUUUGGCAGUGCUUUCACAGGACAACAAGGAAAUGCAAAUUCGGGACCAGGUUUCUGGACUGGCUUGGGAACUGGAGGAAUAUUAGGAUAUUUGUUUGGCAACAAUAGGGCAACAACACCCUUUUCAGACUCAUGGUACCGCCCAUCUUAUCCUUCAUAUUUCGGCACAGGAAAUAGCCGUGCUUACUCCCCGCAUUGUGGAGACUCCGGUAACUAUUCAGCAUGUUCAAGUUCACAGACAAAAACCAGAACAGCAUCAGGAUACGGCGGUACCAAAAGACGAUAAGAAAGUAAAAAGUUGGAGUCAAACACUGGACGCAAAAUUUCUGAUUUUUCAUCACUUUCUCUUAAAAAGUGCUACCAGCCAAUAACUGGGAAAGGGAAUAUUAAAACAUUCUGUGGUGUUUUGUCUUGUGUAGCUUUUUGUAUUUUAUCAUUUAGUGAAACUAAAGUUGAUAAUGUGACAAAAUACUUAUGUAGAAAAUUGUGUUAGUGUAACAUGCAGAUGUUUAUUAUAAUUUUUGAAAGUGAUGAUUACUGUAGAAUGCUAAAAAUGUAUUGUUUAAUUUCUAAAGACUGUGAUGCCAUGAGAAGCAUUAAGAAUGAAGGCUUUAUACCCGUGGUUGGCAAACUGCGGCUCGCGAGCCACAUGCGGCUCUUUGGCCCCUUGAGUGUGGCUCUUCCACAAAAUACCAUGUGUGGGCGCAUGUACAGUGCGAUUGAAACUUCGUGGCCCAUGCGCAGAAGUUGGUUUUCGGCCUGGGCGAGUCUGUUUUGAAGAAGUACUGUUGAUAUUUGGCUCUGUUGACUAAUAAGAGUUUGCCGACCACUGCUUUAUACUAAUAGACACUGAGUAAUUAAAAUUUCAAUCUGUUUUUUGUUCAUGGUUCAUAACCUCAUAGAAACAAUAAUAUAUUUUGUAUUCAGUAUUUGGUGUUUGCUCUUCUUCAAACAUUUAAACCAAGCUUUGAACUACUAUCCUAACUUGUGGGAUUUGAACUAUUGUAGUUACUUGUGGGAGUUGAUCACUGUGAGCUCAGGAGCUUUGAAUCCUUCCAUGGUGGUGGGCUUCUAUUGAGAAUUACCUUUGUUAGGAAAAGGUAGGAAACAAAUAAGUAUCUAGAAGUUUGUUGUGAAUGAUUGUGUGCUGAUAAAGAUUCUUGAAAUCUCCUUAUUCAUUUCUCAAGAAGUAAAGUUCAAAUGCUUUAACCAAGGUCUUUAAUAGCCAGAGCAUGCAAUUCUGUGUGGAACCUCAAAUAUUACUGUAGCAGUUUCAGUCUUUCAUUAAAGUGACAAAAAUAAAAACAA